CACUUGAAGGCAGCACAGAGCAGGAAAAGUGAGGAACCUGUGCGUUCAUUUAGUCUUGACCUGUGAGCCAUGGAGGGUAGAGGGCUGUCGGAUGAGGCUGUGUCUGCUGCCUGCAAAGAAGGAGACCCCAUCACCAAGGACUACAUGAUGCAGCAGACGAUGCUGAGGGUCAAAGAUCCGGCAAGGUCUCUGGACUUCUACACUCGGAUCCUUGGCAUGACGUUGCUGCAGAAAAUCGACUUCCCCUCGAUGCACUUCACCCUCUACUUCCUGGGUUACGAGGAGAAGUUGGAAAUCCCAGUCGACAUCAGAGAGAGGACGGCGUGGACGUUCUCCCGCCGAGCCACCAUCGAGCUCACACAUAACUGGGGAUCAGAGUCAGAUGAAAACCUGUCGUACCACAACGGGAACAACGAACCGCGAGGAUUUGGUCAUAUUGGCAUUGCUGUCCCUGAUGUUUACACCGCCUGUAAAUUAUUUGAAGACGAAGGAGUGACGUUCGUCAAGAAGCCAGCCUCAGGUAAAAUGAAGGACCUGGCCUUCAUUCAGGACCCUGACGGCUACUGGAUUGAGAUUUUAAGUCCGAACAACAUGGUCUCCUUAAUGUCACCUUAAAGACCAGACACUGGGGGGACACUCAGGAUGUUACUAUUGGAUGACACAGUGGAAACAAAACUUUUUUUUUUUUUUUUCACAUGUCAAAGACUUGAUAUCAACAUAAACCUUCCUCUAUGUUGUAAUCCAGCUCCUCUUGGUCAUUUUCUUUUCUUUUUAUGUUGCUUAGGGACUUUUCUCAAGAAUUUGAAGAUCUGCGAACAUGCUGCUGCUUUUCUAAAAAAAAAACAGCUUUAAAUCUGUUGUCUGUAUGCUGCAGUGUUAGUUAAAUGUUUACAUAUUUUACAAUCAAAAAGCUUCUACCUCUGGAUGCUUUAUGAGGAACAUGAACAUGAAUGUGACAUUAACUUUGACCCAGUCAACGGAAAGUAAUGAGGAAACUGAAGUCAUCUCAUGUUUUCCUGCUGAAUCAUUAUAAAACAAACGCUCAAUGUGAAACUAAAAGCCUCUUAAAUAAAUUCUGGUCCUUUAAAAAAAAAAAAAAAACAGUAUCAGAGGAUCAGAGGGAUCUAGUCAGAGAAGAGGCCGUGACUAAGUCAAAGUUCAAGUUAAAGUUUGUUUUAUUCAGAAACUGAGACUUAAAACAAGCCGUCAGGACUUCUGAAACUUUGUGAUGUCACAACAGAGCAGCCACUAUCCCAAGCCCCGCCCACCUGGACCCGCCAUCCAAGCUUAAAGGAUUUGGUUUCUCUGACUGUUUACCUGAGCACUGUUCUGUUUUUCUUCCUUCAAAAAACAGUCAGCCAAUCAGAGGAGAGGCUCAGGGAACGUUUAUUAAAACAUCAUGCUUAUACAAAUUCA